CGGGCAGCUGAAGCUAAAUAUGGUCCGUAUGAAAGACCUUGGACAGGUGAGGUUAAACUCUUUGAAACAUACUCCACAACAGAUGUACUCUUUCCAGCUAAGGAUGAAGAUAACGGAAGAGUCUCCAUAACUUGGAAGGGUCCUCUUUUGAGUGAUAUGAAAAUGGUUGAGGCUCAUAGUAUUCUAUGGAAUUACAUGAUCAGUACUUCCGCUGCUCCUCUUGUAAAAUCCUUGAUAGACAUUCCUGAACCCCUGUGCUCUUCAAUAUCGAUUUCUACUGAAGAAUAUCCGAAUACGUUAGUAACUGUAAUAUUCAAAGGUGUUAAACCUGAAAAGCAUGCCGAGAUUAGGGAGAUUGUGAUGAGGACAAUGACGGAAACUCAUCAGGGUAACUUAGACAUGGCGAGACUGAAAAACCAAAUCAAGAACAGUAUUUCUAAUUUUUCAGAUAAGCUUGAAAAUGAUCCAUCAGAGAUGCUGGCUGAGUUGGUGAUCUCGGAUGGGUUGUACGGAGGGGAGCAACACACUGAACUUACAACAUUUGUCCACAUAUUUGAAGUGUUGGAAAAUUUGAGGGGGAAUGAUGAGUCUUUCUGGAAAAGUAUUCUUGCAGUAUUACAUUGAGGAACCCAAUGUUACCAUUAACAGCAUCCCUAGCAUAAAGUGCAUGGAUGAUUUGGAGGCAAAUGAGAAGGAACGGGUUUCUCAACAACAGAAAUCGCUCGGUCCUGAAGGCCUCUCAAAUUGCGAGAAAGAAAUUAAUGAAUGCAUAGAGUUUAAUGAGAAAAACAUGGAUGAGGUUGAGGAUAUCAUCGAGGAACUUCCAUCUCCCACAAUUGGUGAAGGUAUCAGCUUUCACCCUCUGCAUACAAACAAGGAUAGAAUGGACCAGGGACUCAUAACCCAUGAGAUUGAAAGUGAUUUUGUGCGAUUUUAUUUCACAUUUGACACUGAUCAUUUGUCUACGGAAGAUAAAGCUCUGCUUGGGGUGUAUGCUAAGCUCUUCUGUGACACUGCACUUCUUCAUGGUGGAAAAGAGGUACCCUAUGAAGAUGCUAUUAAGCUCAAAGAACAACUUCUCCUGAAUGCUUCGAUUUUUGUUGGCGGAGCCGAGAUAGAAUCUUUUACUGAAAUUGUUUUGAUGCUCUUUAAAUUCUCUGUUGAAGACAAGGAUCAAUGUAAAGAGUUAAUAAAGAACCUUAUUUGCAACAAAAUAUUCACUGAAGAUCGUGUGACUACUGCUGUCAAUAAAAUGAUGUCGGUUAUAUCUGUUAAAUUGAGAAAAGCAAGUAGUGUUCUUAGUGCUAUCAGUACUGUCACCAGAUUCUCAGGUAGUUGUAAAUCCAGUAGAAACUUAUUCUCUGAGCUUUCGUUGCUUGAAUCAUUCAAAAAUGAUAUCCCUGCACUGGUGAAAAAGUUAGAAAAGCUGCAAAAUGACCUCUUCAGAGGUAAUAAGAUCAUUUUGCACAUCACCAGUAGUAAGAAAAUAUUUGAAGAUCAUUUUAGUGACAAAGAACUGACUUCUUUGAUAAACCUUUACCAUCUCUCCAAAGCGAAUAUCCCAACUCGCUUGCCUUCCUCCUUCAAAAGACAGAACAGUAACCCUGAGCAACUGCUGAAAGUGGUUUCUACAGACGAAUCCAGCUACCUUAUUCUUACUCACACUAUCGACGUGUCCUACAACCACCCGGACUAUGUGGCUGUGUCCCUGUUUGCUGAAUAUGUCGGUCAACUUGAGGGUCUGUUGUGGAAGAAGAUUCGUGGUCAAGGCUUUGCGUAUAGCUAUGAUCUUCACAACGGUCCAGCAAGUGGUAGCCUGAUAUUCUACCUGGGUAGAGCUACUAAUGUUUCUAAAGGCUACCUAGCUGCGAAGGAGACUAUAGACAACAUUGUCAAGGAAAACGAACUGGAGGAAACUCAGAUUGAAACAGCUAAAGGAGCCCUUGCCUGUGGUAUCAUCCAAAAGUACGAAACUCCCUCAGGUUCAGCUAUCACCAAUAUCAUAAACAUUCACCGGGAUCUUCCCAUCCUACACGAUACAGAUACUCUAGCAAAGAUUGUUCAAACAGGGCAAGCUGAGCUACUGGAAGCCUGCAAGAAAUAUUUUCAGCCAAUAUUUGGUGGGAAUGCAAAUAUUGUCGUUUGUUGUCCGACGAAUAAGAAAGAAGAAAUUGUUGAUGAUUUAGCUGGUUUAGGUUUGAAAGUCAAGAUUAUUGAUGAUGUUGAGAAAUAUUUUCAGUACUUGAAUAAUAGCGAAAAUGGAUCUGAGAUGAAGCAUAGUAUGGAGACUGUAUAAUAGUGUAUAGAGAUAAAUUAUAAUUAAUUGGUUAAUUAAUUAAUUAAUUAUGAAAUAUCUAACAAUAUCUUCAACAGCAAGUUUUCAGUUAAAGUUUGAACAUUAUCAAAGUGCAGUUAAAUACUUGGAAUUUGUAUGAUAAUUUGUUGGAGUAAUUGAACCUAUCGAUUAUGCUAAUAUUUGAUUAUUUUACAAUAAAUUAGUUUCCAUCUGUUGCUGCUGUAAAUAUAAAUAUUAUCUUAUGGGAAAGUUAAAAUAUAAAUGAAUAUUUGUGUUAUUCACAGACUUGGU